AUGAGAGGUUCAGAAAGAUUGUUAUAUAUGGGCAAUUUUAAUUGUUUAUGUGCAGGUGUGAAUGAAAAUGAAUCUUUAUGGUAAAUGAAAAGAAUUAUUGUAACAGAUACUUACAUAUAUUAUUUUCCAUACACAAAUUAUACAAUAAAAACACCUAAAAUAAAUGAGGAUUGGACUAAUUAUAAGGAUUUACCAUCAACUAUACCUUAAAUAUAAGAGAGAAUGCAAUAUAUAAAAUAGAAUAAGUUAGAUCCUGAUUCUGUUACAGCACCUCCUCUUCAAGUACAAUAGGUUUCAGAUAAAUAAGUUUCCAUGAUUCCUAUUGAAUAAUUAGUUUAUUAUUUGUAAAAGAAUGGAUAUAAUACGAGUAUUUCAACAAUCUAGGGAUAAGCUCUAUGUUUAAUUAAUAAAUUAAGCAAAGAAGUAUAAUAUUUGAUUGCUUAAAAUUAAGCGGAUAAUUUAAAAUUCUUUAGAUCUAUAAUUGUUGGAAAUGCUUUUCAAAAAUAUUAAAUUUUUAGAAAUCUAAAUAAUAUUUAAUUAAACUAAACAGUUGUCACAUGGCUUUAAGAUAGUAUUAAUGAAGUAAUUGCUAAAUUAGAUUGCAACAAUGAAAAUUUAAUUUCAACUUAUAAAGUAUUAUGUGAAUGCAAUAAUCUAGUUAAUGGUCUCAUCUUUAAAUUUAAUUUGAAUGACCACCUUAAAACAUUGUAAAUACUCCUGUAAUCAAUCAAACAUGAAUAGUUAAUCAAUCUAACUCUUAAAAAUUGUCAACUUAAAUCAAGCAUGAUUUCAGAAAUUACAUCUAUUCUUUAAAAUUGUCCUUAUAUUGAAUAAUUAGAUUUCAGUUAAAAUUGCUUAGAUGAUAGAGGUAUUGAUUAGAUUGCAAGACUUUUUGAAAAUUGUUUAGAAAUUAACCUUAUUAAUUUAUCAGCUAAUGUUAUUUAAGGCAAAGAAUCAUAUUUAGAAAUCUUUCUACUCAAAGCAGGUACUAUACUUAAUAAAGUUACUAUUGAUUUAAGCUAAAAUCAAUUAACAGAUUCUAGUAUUGUCACUAUUGAAAACAGAAUUAUUAAUGAAGAAAAUUGUUAGAUUAUUAAUAUCAAUCUUAGUUAUAAUCGAUAUUCAAAAAAUGGAUAAAUAUCCUUAUUUAAUUUAUUCUCAAAAAAAUCAAAACAAAAUCUUAUUUUCAAAAUAUAUCCUUUACCUUACACAUAGAAUAUUAUUGAAUAACUCUUUCAAAUUAAAAAGAAUUCUCAAUAAGAAAUAAUUUUUGAGGAAUCUUAAGAAUUAUAAGGAUCUUAAGCGAGAAGAGGUCAUUCAAUUCUAAAAUAAUCUUAACAUCAUUUACAUCAUCCAACUAUAUAUUAAAAAACAACUAUAUAAUAUAAUCAACCUCCUUAAAUUCCCUAAAGACAUUAAAUUACUUUCCUUAAAAAAUAAACUAAAAAAUAACUACCUACCAAUACUAAAAUAUUGUAAGAAAUUAGAAAAAAAGAAGAAUAGAUUUAAUAAGUUAUGGAAUCAAAUAAUAAUGAUCCUCCUGUUGAAGAAAUCUAUUAAAUUACAGAAGAAAUUAAGUCAUUUCAAUAUAACAUCUCUCAUAAUAUUGUCAAUCAAUUAUUAUAAAUUAUAUGGAAAAAAUUAAAUGAUGCUAUCCUAUAUAGAGAUAAUUAUUCUAUAAGCUUUUUAACAUUUUCCUCUUUUAACUUAGGAAUGGAUAUUACUAUAUUUAAAGAAAAAUAUGUAAAAUUGUCAAGAAAACUUUAAAUAAUUGAAAAUAGAAUAAAUAAACUACUUAACUUUCAAAUUGAGGAAAGCAAAAUAAAUAAAGAACUUGAUGAUUUAAUUGCAUUAUGCCAUAGACUUGAUAUUAGAGGAACUCCAAUAGAUUUUUUAUUAUAAAUUAAAUUAGAAAGAGAAACCAUAAUACGAAAAUUAGUUUACUAUGAUUAUGAAUGGUAGUUUGAAUAUUAUGAUGAUUUAUUAAAUGAUUCAACCUAAUUUAUUUUUAGGGAUCACGAAUUUGCAUCAAAAUAACUUAAGUAAACUCUACCAGUUUCUCCUACUUUACUUUUACAUCCCUUCAACAUAUGUUAUUAUGAUUUAACUAAAAUCUCAAUAGAGGAAUAUGAACAAUAUUCAGAAGCUCUAUCCAAAAUUAUAAUUUAUUAAAAUUCUUAUUAAGAUAAGACACUUAUCAAUACAUAUAAUUUAAUGGAUUUUGAUAAAGAGGAAAGUGAAAAAAUUUUGUAUUUCGCUAAACUUGGUUAAAGAAGAGCAAAAUUUAUUAUCUUUAAUCAUUUUGAAAAUUUCAAUUCAAACAUUUGGAAUGAAAAUUCAGAAGAACAUUAAUUAAAUUUUGUAAGACUAGUUGUUAAUUAUUAUUCAGCUCAAUAUCGUAAACAGUAGUCGAGAUAUUAUUUAGAAAAAGUAUCACAUAACUACAAUGAAAUGAAAUUAGAUGAAAUUAUAUAAGAUAUUGAUUUACAACAAAUAGAUUGUGAAUAUNCAUCAUCCAACUAUAUAUUAAAAAACAACUAUAUAAUAUAAUCAACCUCCUUAAAUUCCCUAAAGACAUUAAAUUACUUUCCUUAAAAAAUAAACUAAAAAAUAACUACCUACCAAUACUAAAAUAUUGUAAGAAAUUAGAAAAAAAGAAGAAUAGAUUUAAUAAGUUAUGGAAUCAAAUAAUAAUGAUCCUCCUGUUGAAGAAAUCUAUUAAAUUACAGAAGAAAUUAAGUCAUUUCAAUAUAACAUCUCUCAUAAUAUUGUCAAUCAAUUAUUAUAAAUUAUAUGGAAAAAAUUAAAUGAUGCUAUCCUAUAUAGAGAUAAUUAUUCUAUAAGCUUUUUAACAUUUUCCUCUUUUAACUUAGGAAUGGAUAUUACUAUAUUUAAAGAAAAAUAUGUAAAAUUGUCAAGAAAACUUUAAAUAAUUGAAAAUAGAAUAAAUAAACUACUUAACUUUCAAAUUGAGGAAAGCAAAAUAAAUAAAGAACUUGAUGAUUUAAUUGCAUUAUGCCAUAGACUUGAUAUUAGAGGAACUCCAAUAGAUUUUUUAUUAUAAAUUAAAUUAGAAAGAGAAACCAUAAUACGAAAAUUAGUUUACUAUGAUUAUGAAUGGUAGUUUGAAUAUUAUGAUGAUUUAUUAAAUGAUUCAACCUAAUUUAUUUUUAGGGAUCACGAAUUUGCAUCAAAAUAACUUAAGUAAACUCUACCAGUUUCUCCUACUUUACUUUUACAUCCCUUCAACAUAUGUUAUUAUGAUUUAACUAAAAUCUCAAUAGAGGAAUAUGAACAAUAUUCAGAAGCUCUAUCCAAAAUUAUAAUUUAUUAAAAUUCUUAUUAAGAUAAGACACUUAUCAAUACAUAUAAUUUAAUGGAUUUUGAUAAAGAGGAAAGUGAAAAAAUUUUGUAUUUCGCUAAACUUGGUUAAAGAAGAGCAAAAUUUAUUAUCUUUAAUCAUUUUGAAAAUUUCAAUUCAAACAUUUGGAAUGAAAAUUCAGAAGAACAUUAAUUAAAUUUUGUAAGACUAGUUGUUAAUUAUUAUUCAGCUCAAUAUCGUAAACAGUAGUCGAGAUAUUAUUUAGAAAAAGUAUCACAUAACUACAAUGAAAUGAAAUUAGAUGAAAUUAUAUAAGAUAUUGAUUUACAACAAAUAGAUUGUGAAUAUCGAUAUUAAAUAUCUGACUUAAAAAUCAAACAUUAAAGAAUAACCUUACCUGAAUCUUUUAAUGUAGAAAUUAAUUAAUUCAAAACUAUUUCUGAUUAUCCUUAUUUAAAUCGUAAUCAAUACGUUGAUAUUGAAGAUCCUAUUUAUGUUUAUGCAUAAAGUGAAUUAAUUAAAUAAUUAAAGCAUAUAGUAUCUUAAAUUUAAGUUAUGGAAAGUGAGAAUUAUGAUAACAAUUCAGUUUUAAAUUCGGCUCGCCUUGUAAUUGAUAUUUGCAUGAAUUCUCCUUGUCCAUGCUUAUUAGCUGAUGACCUUUAUAUUUUUCUUACUAUGACUUAAGUAAAAGCAAAGGAUACUAAUUUUUCAAAGUUAUUUUAUUUAUUUUUACAUUAUGUAAGUCCAUCAAAAAUUUUGAUAUUUUUACUUUAUGAUUGGUUAGUAACUACUUAUUAAGACUAAAAAAUUUAAUAAUUAAUGGCUGCAUGGAUAAACAAUUCACCAAUGAUCUAUUGGUUACCUUCACUUUAAGAAAUAAAUUUUAGAUUAAAUAAAUCAAAGGUUAUGAUACAUUAUUUACACACGAAGAUAUUUUAAAUAGAAUUUAAUGGUUAUGCAUCAGUUUUAGAGGUCAUGAAAUAGAUAUAUGAAGAAAUAAAUACUGUAGAUAAAGGAAGUUUCUGGCUUUAUGUAAGAGUAGAAUUGAAACAAGAAUAGUAGGGAUAGUUUAAUAUAAUAAAAUAUUUGGAUAUUCCUCUUUUAGCCUAAUUAGGUUUUUGGGAACAUUUUUCAAGAAUUAAUUAAUAUUAUAAUGUACUCUCAAUUGAACUAAAGAGAAGAAUCUUUUGUAUGGAUAGUAUUGAUAUUCAAUAAAUUUAAGAAAUUAUUUAUUAAUUUAUUAAUUAUCCUUUUAUUUGUUAGCAUUACAAUAAUGACAGUAUAAAAAAAAUUAUUAUUAUAUUAAUGUGUAUAGAAUCAAUAAAUGAUUAAGAAUAGAAUACUUAAGAUAUCAAUAUAUACAAUUAUAUCUAAUUUAUACCUUUACACUUAAGAGAUUAAAUAGAUAUAGAUGAUUUAAUCAAUUAACAUUAGGGAAUGAUUGCUUAAUUUGCUUACUUUGAUUAAACAUAAUUAACUAAAUUAAUUAAAAUUAUUUUUUCUUUUAAUCCUUGUUUUAAUGGAUCAAUUUUUUAAGUCAAUUUUGAAAAAGAAAAUUAUGAAAUGAUAAUUAAUUAUCAUGGAAUUUUCUUUUAUCAAGGUACAACAUUUAUUUAAUCCAUUUUAUAUUCCGAAAUAGUUGGAAUAUCAAUUUCAUCUAGUUAAUUAAGAUUGCAUUGGUUUAGAUAAAAGUUCAAUAAAUUUAUUAUAACAUUUUAAGAAGAUUAAAGUUUGGAAUGCUAUUAGGAUAUUUUAUCUUAUUUGGUUCUAUUAUCAAAUGAAAAACCUGAAUAUUUCAGCCAUUAUUAUGAGUAUUCAAAAAUAAGGUACAAAUACAACCUUCAUCUUACUAAUUCAUUUGAUUAAAAUGAAAUUGUAGAAUAAUUGUUAUCUUUAGUCUAGAAAACAGGAAUCCAAAAUAUUUUAGAUAGAUAUCAAUAGAGUGAAAUUUAAAAGUUUUUGGAAGACAGUCACUUAUAAAGAGUUGCAAGAAAGUAGUUAAAACUGAUUCAAAUUUUUAAAUAAACAAUUCCUUUUCAUCCUUUGGAACAGAUAUUUCCUUUUUAAAAAGAUUGUCCUAUAAUUCAAUUUCUUAAACCUAAAUUACCUUAAAGCUUAGAUAUUAGUAUUUAUUUUGGUAAAGGAAGUAGAAAUGAAAUAAAGAGAUUAUUUGAUCCAAUUAGAGAACUCUUUCCUUCUGUAGAAUAUUUAGAUGAUUCACCUCAUUCUUCAAGAGGAAAAUCAGCAAAGGAAUCUUUAAAGUUUGAAAAUUAAUUAUUAGGUUCAUAACAUUAAAAGUCUUAAAGAUCUAAAGGAAUAAGUUCUGAAAGCAGGAAAGUUUCUUUAAUUAAUUCAAGAAAAACUUUAGAGUAAAUUUAAACAAAAUCAGAAGAAAAAUAAGAAGUAAAAUCUGAGCAAUAAACUUAUAGAAAAAUUUCAAAUGAUAAUAUGUUUAAGUCUUAAGAAAUUUAAUCAGAGAAAAAUUAGAAAGCUAGUUUUAUCUAUAAAAUUUAAGAAGAAGAGGAAAACAUUAAAUCAGAAUAUAGUCCUAGUAUAUUGUAAUAAUAAAAUCUCCGAGUAAGUUUAUCUUUGAGUAAAACAGUAGAACAUAUUAUGUUUUAAUCAAUUUAAAGUGAACAAAAUAAACUGAAAUCAGAAGGAGUUUAGAAGUCAUAAUAAUCUGCAAUUUUAUUAUAAAAUUAAUAAGUCUCAUAAACCUAAUCAUCACAAUAAUUACUUGAUGAAGAUAAUGAAAGCAUAUUUGGAUCAGUAAAUCCGCCACUAUUAAAGAAUGAAUUGAAAAAUCAUUCACAAUCUGAAUAAUUUAUUAAUUGA